GCCGUCGCCGGCUGCCCAAACGAUCGGCCGCGGUGAGGAUCCAACCGCCGCAUCUGAUCCCCGCCGCCGGCCGCCGCGAUGGGGGAGCCGGACGAGCUGCCGCCGCUGCCGCUCGCCCUCCACCCGCCGCAUCUCAUCCCGCCGGCGCCCGCCGCCGACCCCCGCGCCCUCUCCUUCCUCCCCGACCUCGGCGGCCUCCCCUGGGUCGCCUACGGCGCCGCCUCCUUCCUCGUCGUCUCCCACCUCCCCUCCCCUCCCCGCGAGGGAAGCAGCAGCAGCGGCGGCGGCGGCGGCGGCGACGACGAUGGCCCGUUCUUCCGCCAGGCCAUCGACCUCCGUGCCCCCGUGUCCGCCGUCUCCUGGUGCCGACGUGGCGGGGGCGAGCUCGCCGCCGCCGCCGGGAGCUCCGUGUCCGUGUUCCAGCCGGCGCCGUCCUCUUCCCCAGGAUCGUUUGGCUGGGUGCUGAGAUGGGCUAUCACCGAGACCUUCGCCGUCGCCGCCGUGGCCUGGACGGGCUCCGGCGACGGCAUUCUGUUGGCCGGCGAGGGCGUUGCCAUGUGGGCUAGGGCAGAAUCCUCCUGGAAGCUCGCGUGGAGGUGCUCGCCUCAGGUGGCUCAGUCCCUUGCCUCCGCUACACACUUCCUCCAGGGUCCCGUCGCGACAGCGGCGGCUACUCCUUCUUCCGAGGGCGGCGUGCCUCCUGUUCUGGUGAUUGUGAAUGAUGCCAAGGUGGGUGUGGAGAAAGUCGAGCUUGCGCACCCUAAACCAGUAUCCAUGAUCCAGUGGAGACCUAGGUCGUUGUUUGUCAGUGAUCAGUCUGAAGUGAGGCGAGAGAUACUCAUGACGUGCUGCUUGGACGGGACUCUCCGGCUGUGGAGCGAGGAUGAGGCAGCCAAGUCAAAGAAGCAUCGGGUUUUGCAAAGGUCCUUCAGUGUCAUUGCGGUAAUUGAGAUGAGCAACACUCUGAAUGGAGUGCUGGGAGUUGAUAUAACUGUGAAAUGGGCAAUUGAAACUGGCAGUGUUGUAUCGAGAGAUGAAGAUGACAAUUUCACAUUGUUUUCAGGUGACCCUGGGCACAACCAGGUAGGCAAAUGCGAGUGGUUGGUAAGUGCUGGCCCUGGGGCUUCUGUAAACUUUUGGGCUGUCCAUUGUAUCGAUGAUGUAUCUCCACCAAGGUAUCCACGGAUUACUCUAUGGAAACAAGUCAAACUGCAGAGUUGGACGCAGUCUGCUUCAGGACAACAAAAAUCCAUAGAUGACUCGUUUUUUGUUGAGGCUGUUAUAUCAAGAGGGCUAUCUUCUGGCCCACCUACAACAUGUUCUUUGCUUCAUUUGCUGCAUGAUAAUUCAUUUAUUUGGUCUCGCUUAUCCUCCAAUUUAUCAUUGAAUUCUGGGGGGCAUGCUUUGAGUGAUUCUGCUAAAAGUUUGUCAUGCUAUUCAUCCCAAACUAUCAAUCAACAUGGGCAUAACGGUAGCAUCAAACAGGUGUCUGUCCAUCCAUACAGCUGUGAAAUAGAGCUAGCUGUUUCCAUGGAUUCUAGCAGAACUCUACAUUUCUGGUCUCUUUCAACCUUAUCAACUCUCAUAUCAACUUUGCAUGCACCUACUUAUCCAUUAUGGAAGCUUUUGUGCAAAUUUGAUCUGUGUGACAUUCAGGCAGAUGUGGAAUACUCAUGUCUGUGUUGGGCUCCUUCUGUUAUUCAACAAAAUAGGUUUCUUGUCCUUGGAAGUGAAAAAGGAGCCGAUUGUUUUGUAGUCAGUAUUCAGAACGAAGGGGAUGUUCUUUCAUGUCAGAAAAUGUUCACAAUUCCUUUCUUUGAAGGUAGUAAUGCAGAAGGCCCACCUGACAGCAUUCAUACCAUACCUUUAACUUCUAAUUGUGAUGGUCCUUUUGUCAACAACAGCUUUGUAGUUGUAUGUCUAUGGAGGACGAGUUUUCAAGCAUUAUCAUGGAAAGUUGUCCUACAUCUAGAAAAUCAAAACAAAUGUGGGAUGUGUUUGUGUGGUUUUUCUGCUAGCUCUCUUUCUACUGCAGAUCAAGGGAGACAUGGAACUUACCUUAAUGCUGAUAUGUUUUCAGCAGUUAUUUGUAAAGGUUCUUCAGUCUUCCCUACAUGCCUGGAUGGAGAAUAUCCUACAUGUGUUUCUGCAACGCCACUGAACAAUACUGUAUUAUCUCUACAGCAGCAUGGUUCAGGAACUGCUUCAUGUUAUCACAUUGCUACUGGGUAUUCUGAUGGCACUGUGAAACUGUGGAAGAUGUCUUUUGCAGAUAACCCUUUGCAUACUGAGAAAGAGAGCCACAUCUGGCAACUAGUAGGCACGUUUGGUGCCGAUCGAGGACCAAUUACUGCAAUUUCACUGUCCAAUUGUGGUAGAAUUGCUACUGUUGGUAGAAAUGUUCAGAAGAAUACCACCUCCAUUCAUAUCUGGAAAGCAGUAAAACUCAUGGGAGAUGGGAGUUUUCUCCUGGAGGAUGCACUAACGCUUCAAGGUUCUGUUGUUGGUUUGGAUUGGCUAUCUUUAGGCGAUGGGAGAUUUUUACUUGCAGUCUACCUUCUCAAUGAGUUGCACAUAUAUUCUCAUAAGCACCCUUCCUUUAAGAAUGUAUUACACACUGUGAAUUCAAAAGAGAAGCAUCUUUGGAGCUGUAUUGCACUAUCCCAUUCUCCACAUGACAUUGCUAGCUUCCUUUGGGGGCCAAAGGCAACUGGUGUGCUUGUUCAUAAGAAUCAUCUUGCACUCUUCAGUUCAUGGUUAGUAAGAAGAGCCAAUGAAUCUAGUACCCAGAUAUGUGAUUGUCCAGCUGCAGACAUACAUGAAUUGCCUUGUACUAAGCAUUUUAAUGAAGAUAUCUUUGGUAGAUUCAGUUUAUCAGAAAAUUACAGCAACACAAUGUUACUACAGAAACACAGUGCUCACUGUUCUAAUGAUCUAUGGAACUUGUUGGAUAUAGCUGCCAAAAUGAGUGGACCUCUGGCAUCAUAUCACCCGAGAGCACUUAUUCAGUCUCUUUAUUCAGGUCAAUGGAAACGGGCAAACACUGUUCUGCAGCAUCUUGUUCAAUCCAUGCAAGCAAAUAAAAUAUCAAACACCUUGUUGGAGUGCAGUUUCUGUGGUAAAUCAUGCCAUAAUAUUCCUGAAUGCCCUUUAUCUGAAAGCUUCACCGAUAUGACAUCUAAUGACAUAUCUAAUAGAGGGUUACUUUGGGGUGACAAUCAACGUAGCACAGCCUUUAGUUUGCUAUCACCAUCAAAUUCAUAUCCUCGGAUGGAGGAUAUCAACACCACCACUAGCACAUCUCAAAGUUCAGAAAUAAAUAAGCUCCUUGCUACGAAUGUUAGCAUAUCAACAAUAAGUGACAUGGAGAGAACCCAGAUAGUUGCACUUUCUGAUCUUUUGGGUAAAAUUACUGAUCAGAGCCAUGCAUCUCCCUAUAAAAGCCUUGAUGAAGCAGGGAGAAGGUUCUGGGUUGCUGUGCAGUUCGAACGCCUAUAUGCACUUAGGAGAUCUGAAGAUCCAUCCAGUGCCGAAGUCUUCCAUGUUGAUUCUGCUUCUAUCGCGUGGGCCUUACAGUCUGAUUGUCAGGAUGAUCUACUUAAUUCUGUUCUUCCUGCAGAACCAAGUUGGUCUGAGAUGCGAAACCUUGGUAUGGGGUUAUGGUACACCAACGUGUCCCAGUUAAGAACCAAGAUGGAGAAGUUGGCAAGGCUGCAAUAUCUUAAAAGCAAGGACCCAAAGGACUGUGCUCUUCUCUAUAUAGCAUUAAAUAGAACAAAAGUAUUAGUUGGCCUAUUCAAGAUUAGCAGAGAUGAAAAGGAUAAACGUCUCUAUGAGUUUCUCUCCAGGAACUUCCAGGAAGAAAAACACAAAUCUGCUGCUCUGAAAAAUGCAUAUGUGCUAAUGGGAAGGCAUCAAUGGGAGCUUGCUAUAGCAUUUUUCCUCCUUGGAGGUGAUACAUCCUCAGCCAUCAGUGUUUGUGCAAAGAACCUUCAAGAUGAACAACUUGCUAUUGUAAUUUGUCGACUUCUUGAGGGAUCUGGAGGGCCCUUGGAGCGUAAUCUCAUUGCUAAUGUACUGCUCCCUGAAGCAGUUGAUAAAGGAGACCACUGGCUUUCAAGCCUACUUGAAUGGAUGUUAGGGAACUACUCUCAGUCUGUGAAUCAAUUACUUGAUUGCCACCUCAAGUCACUGAUUGAAGAAUCCAGCAUUCCCGGUGAUACAAAUGUCUUUGCAGACCCUGGAGUGGGUCAGUAUUGUGCAAUCAUUGCGACAAAAAGUAGUUUCAGAAACUGUGUUGGUGAAGCUCAAUCUGCAAAUUUAUCUAAGCUUUCAUUAGCAAUGGCUUCAUGCGCCUUGAACAGAUGUGGACUGCCUCUUGAAGCACUUGAAUACCUAUGUUGUAACUCGGGCAUAGAGGGAAAGGACAACACCUCACUGGAUGGCGGAGACAAGAAGAUUGUUUAUGGAAUAUUGAACCCUUUCCAUGCUUCGUCCAACUGGCUCUCAGCAUCUGUAGUCAGUGAUGUUGAAUCAAACCUGAAAAUAACUAUGGCUUCAAAAUAUCUGUCGCGCGUGCUGAGAAAUCAGUCACUCUGUUCACGGUGCAGCCUACCACUAACUAAAGAUAAGGUCCUGCAAGAAUUCAACAGUAAUCACGUGAAUGAACUUUCACGUGAUGUCAAGGCAGCGCUACAAGUAUUCGAUAAAAAAUUCUCACUUCAAGUUGCUGAUAUAGCUGAGAAGAUCCUUACCUUUUGUUGCAACGAUGGUAUAUUUUUUCUCGCGUACGUGUUGUUAUGGGGUAGUAUAUCAUCAGAUGUUGGAACCGGUACUUGUGGUCUUGAAGGUUGUGCUUUCCAUCCAAUUGAUUAUAUGUUUAUGGUGUCAAGUAAGGAGAGCUGCAAGUUUCUUACACAAUAUGUUGUCUCCUGCUGCUUCAUAUGUUCUGCUCUGAACAUGGACUGCGCUAAUACUACUCCAUGCACAAUUAAAGUGGGCAAGUACAUUAUGGCAAGUUUAUCACACUUCCUGAGUACUAGCAGGUUACUUCUGAAACAAGACAAUACUAGAACUUUUGUGUUAGGUCGUACAUCAGCUAUGCUUACAGUUAUGGACCUCCUUGAAUACAACAUGGAGUUUUCCUUUUCUUGGUUAUGUCAUGACAUAAAAGCAUUGCUUACCAUGACCAGUCCAGUUAUAGGUGCUUGUGUCAACAGAGAGUCCUUUCAAGUACUAUUAGAUCAGUUGCUGCAAGCUGUACAUGAUAAAAUUCAUGGUGUAUCAAUUGGCACAGAUGGGGGCACAGUCAAUGGUUUGUUGUGUAAUAUACAACAAGAAAGAAGUGAGAAUCAGAGUCUUCCAAUUGAUGAAAAAUGGCAUUUGAUAGGUAUUUCUUUGUGGACUCGAUUGUCAUCUUUCAUGAAACAGUUUUUGACUGAGUUCGUUGAAAAAGAGAGAAUUGAACUUGAAACUAGUGCAAGUGAUGUGGAAUUCAAGGACCUCAUAUCUUCAGUUGUUGCAAAGUUUUUGAUGGGCUCCCUCCAUUUUGUGUCAUCUUUGUUAGUAAAAUUGCAUGCUUCAUUUUUCAGAGAGAAAGUACUGAAGAAGUCAAAUUCAAGUGUGCUUUUCUGGUUAUCUCAGCCAAGGUCCAACAACAAUAGCCAUGAGCAGUUCUCAAGUAUUUUUCAGCUUGCUAACAGUGAGAACAUCGAAGUCUUUUUUGAUACUUUGUGGGAAAUAUCUGCUCAUCCUGUGGAUAUCUGCACUGCUUUUGUGGAUGAAGAAAUGAAUUGCUUUCCUUUAAACAGCAUUAGUUUAACACGAUCCUGGAAGGCUAUGACAGAAGCUACAUUAGUUGAGUCUGAAAAUAAUUUUGCUCAAAGAAGUGAAGAAAAUCGUGACAAUUUAAGUUCCAAGAACAACGAGAAAAUACAGAGAUCAAUUGACAAUACCCCUUAUGGUGUGGAAGUCACUCUUGAACCUAAAAGGAAAGGUUUAAUUGCAGAUUUUGAAAGACCCAGAGAACUUGUAAGGAGAAAUGGUGAACUUCUUGAGGCAAUAUGUCUCAACUCUAUCAAUGAGCAACAAGGUGCUAUCGCCACCAAUCGGAAGGGCCUUGUUUUCUUCAACUGGAAUGACAAGCAAGAUAACAAAAAUUUAGCAGAGUAUAUAUGGGCAGGAUCUGAUUGGCCCUUGGAUGGGUGGGCUGGUUGCGAAUCUACACCUACUUCAACUUCUUUUUCUCCUAGUGUUGGUCUUGGCAGAAGAAAAGGAUCCCAUCUUAGUUCAGGUGGACCAACUAUUAGUUUAGGUUCAUUGGCAAAACCUGGAAGGGACUUAACUGGUGGUGGAGCAUUUGGAAUUCCAGGUUAUGCUGGUAUCGGCGCAUCUGGAUUUGGGUGGGGGGAACCUGACGAAUUCGAAGAUUUCGUUGAUCCUCCAGCAACACUCGAGAACAUCCAUUCAAGAGCAUUGUCUCGCCACCCAUCUUUGCCAUUGUUGCUAGUUGGGUCAAGCAAUACUCAUGUUUAUUUAUGGGAGUUUGGCAAAGACAGUGCCAUGGCUACCUAUGGUGUUCUCCCUGCUGCUAAUAUCCCACCACCUUAUGCCCUUGCUUCCAUAUCAGCUGUUCAAUUUGAUUAUUAUGGGCAGCGGUUUGCUACUGCUGCAUUAGAUGGUACAGUUUGUACAUGGCAAGUUGAGGUGGGUGGAAGAAGCAAUGUGCAUCCUACCGAGUCAUCCCUGUGCUUUAACACCCACGCAUCGGAUGUCGCAUUUCUGACUGCAAGUGGAUCAGUUCUUGCUGCAGCUGGAUGCAGUUCAAAUGGUGCAAAUGUUGUUAUUUGGGAUACAUUGGCGCCACCAUCCACUUGUCAAACUUCUAUUAUGUGUCAUGAAGGAGGAGUUCGUUCUCUUUCUGUGUUCGAUAGAAAUAUAGGCUGUGGAUCUAUCUCACCGCUGAUUGUAACUGGUGGGAAAAGUGGAGAUGUAACUUUGCAUGAUUUUCGGUUCAUCUCUACUGGAAAGACUAAGCAUCACAGAAGUUCCAACGAGCAUGAUGUUAAGGCAUCUUCAACUUCAAUGCAUGACACUAAGUCUGGAACUUCCAACGGUGUUAGCAACAGUGGGAUGAUCUGGCAUAUACCAAAGGCGCAUACAGGUAGUGUCAGCAGUGUAUCAACCAUCCCAAAUACCAGUUUGUUCUUAACUGGAAGCAAAGAUGGAGAUGUGAAGCUUUGGGAUGCCAAAAGUUCUCAGCUAGUCUUCCAUUGGCAAAAGUUGCACGAGCGGCACACCUUUUUUCAACCAACUUCUAGGGGCUUUGGUGGUGUUGUUAGGGCUGCUGUAACAGACAUCCAAGUCUUACCUAAUGGUUUUGUCUCGUGCGGUGGGGAUGGUUCUGUGAAACUUGUGCAGGUAAAAAAUGAUUUUGCAGAUGUACGCCCACAUUAGAACAAACAGAAGGGAGGAGAUAUGCUAGCGAUGGUUUUGUUGUGGUGGGUUCAGAUUGUUCCUUUGAUCAAUUGAUCUUAUUCUGCAAUUUUGUUUUCCCAUGAGAUGUUUUGCUGUUGCAAGGGAUGGCAUAGCAAGAAUGUAGCCAUAAAGUAAGAGCUGGGCAGAAUCUGAACAGUUUAAUGGGAUUUGUAUACAAAGGUACUCCUGUUAGCUGUCUGGAUGUGGGGCAUGGAACUCGCGUCUUGUAUGCGGUAGGUCAUGUAGGUGUCGAUUUUUGUUUGUCCAUGCAUGUCCAUUAUAUAUACAAGGAAAUGCAAAAUUUUCCAUAAAUCUGGAUAGCAUUGUUUAUUUGUUUACCAGGAUGACAAUGAUUAACAUGCAAGGCUGUAAACUAGCAGGGGUGACAUACUAUACAAUCAUUUUCUCUUGUGGUCUUUUCACUUGUAUGAAAUUGCUAAACUCUUUUGCUGAUUCAUGCUAUAGACAUAUAGGCGGUGGCAACUAGACAUCAGGCUGACUCUCUACAUUUAUGUGGAUCAUAUUUUAAGAGAAUGAAUUUUAUGUAUAGUAUCAUAUGAUGUAACAUCUUUUUUUUCUGAAGAUUAAUGUAACAUGUAAUUGGCUCGCUCAGUUAUUAUUUAGCUGUACCCAA